AUGGCUAUCACCAUCAGACAGGCGACAAUUGAGGAUCUUGAGGGCAUGCAAAAUGCCAACCUCACGAACCUACCAGAGAACUAUACGAUGAAGUACUACCUUUACCACCUGCUGUCGUGGCCACAGGCUUCGUUUGUUGCCACAACAACGGAUCCAGAACUUAGUCAUCAAGAUAAACCAUCAAUACAUUACGUGAAGCAAGAUAUGCAAUACACUGGCCGCGGAGAGAAGAUUGUUGGAUACGUGCUUGGAAAAAUGGACGACGACCCAGAUGCAGAAGAUAAAACCCCACACGGCCAUGUUACAUCAUUGUCGGUCAUGCGUACAUACAGAAGGAUGGGUCUUGCCGACAAGUUGAUGAGACAGUGUCUUUACAGCUUGUGCGAAACCUACCAGGCGAAAUACGUGUCCUUGCACGUGAGAAAGAGCAACAGAGCAGCAUUACACCUGUACAGAGAUACCCUGAAGUUUGAAGUUUUAAGCAUAGAAAAAUCCUACUACCAGGAUAAAGAAGACGCAUAUUAUAUGAAAAAAGACCUUGUUCUCUCCGAGUUGGUGCCAAGCUCUUUCCAAGGUGGAAUAGAAGACAAUCUGGAAGAUGAUCUUUUGGAAAGCAUACUAGAAGAAGGUGUCGACAAGCUAAAUUAG